AUGGAGUUCAUCUUAGUUGGUUUCCAACUUUCUAAGCCCUUGGAAUGUUUCCUUUUUGGAGUGCUCCUAAUUGUUUUUCUGCUCACGCUACCUGGGAACCUCACCAUCAUUGCACUGGUAUGCCUUGAUCAGCAUCUCCAAACCCCUAUGUACUUCUUCCUCUGCAACCUCUCUCUUGUGGAGACCCUCUUCGUCCUGACAAUCAGCCCAAAGAUGCUAGUAAGCCUGAUUUCUUUGGACAAAGCUAUUUCCUUUGGGGGAUGCAUUGCCCAAUGUUAUUUCUACUUCUCCUUCGGUACCUGUGAGAACAGUCUGAUUGCUGUGAUGGCAUUUGAUCGCUAUGUUGCUAUCUGCUAUCCACUGCGCUAUGCCACCAUUAUGAACAAACGUCUCUGCGUCUUCUUGGUCCUGGGCUGCUGGGUUGGGGCAUUCCUUCUCCUCUUUGUUCCAGUGCCUUUCCUUUUCCAUCUCUCCUUCUGUGGCUCAAAUCUCAUUGACCAUUUUUUCUGUGAUUACGCCCCAAUUAUAAAGCUUUCUUGCAGCAAGAAUGUCCAUUUCCUCUUAAUCUGUGAGACCUUUUUCUCCUCAGUGUUGAUGCUCAGCUCCUUAUCUGUCAAUGGGUUCUCAUACCUCUACAUUAUUUCCACCAUCCUACGGAUGGACUCCACCAAAGGUCAAAAGAAAACCUUUUCCACCUGUGCUUCUCACAUUACAGUAGCUAGCAUUUUCUAUGGCAAUGCUAUCUUCAUGUACUCUAUACCCAGCAAAGGAUGUUCACAAGUCCAAAAAGCAGUUGCAGUUUUCCACGGAACUAGUAUCCCAUUAUUGAAUCCUUUUAUUUAUUCUCUGAGAAAUGAGAAGGUCAAGGAGGCCUUCAAGGACUGUCUGAGGAACUCAUUUCCACAUUGA